GGUGUGAAGAUAGCCCAGGCUGAGGGUAGCCCAAGGUGAGAGGGUGCCUGGGAGACCCUAGGCCAGGUCAGGGCUGUGCCCCCCAUGGGGGAAACCCCUCCCUGGGGUCACCGGAGCCAUGCUGUCCCGCAAGGGCAUCAUCCCUGAGGAGUAUGUGCUGACACGGCUAGCAGAGGACCCUGCAGAACCUAGGUACCGAGCUCGAGAGCGGAAGGCCCGCUUUGUGUCCAAGAAAGGCAACUGUAAUGUGGCCCACAAGAACAUCCGGGAGCAGGGCCGCUUCCUGCAGGACGUAUUCACCACGCUCGUGGACCUCAAGUGGCCACACACACUGCUCAUCUUCACCAUGUCCUUCCUGUGCAGCUGGCUGCUCUUCGCUAUGGUCUGGUGGCUCAUUGCGUUUGCCCACGGUGACCUGGCUUCUGGUGAGGGCACAAUAGUGCCCUGUGUCACCAGUAUCCACUCCUUUUCAUCCGCGUUCCUUUUCUCCAUCGAGGUCCAGGUAACCAUUGGUUUUGGUGGGCGCAUGGUGACAGAGGAAUGUCCACUGGCCAUCCUGAUCCUCAUUGUGCAGAACAUCGUGGGGCUCAUGAUCAACGCCAUCAUGCUGGGCUGCAUCUUCAUGAAGACUGCGCAGGCGCACCGGCGAGCAGAGACUCUUAUCUUCAGCAAGCACGCUGUUAUUGCUGUUCGCCAUGGCCGCCUUUGUUUCAUGCUCCGCGUGGGUGACCUCCGCAAAAGCAUGAUCAUCAGUGCCACCAUCCACAUGCAGGUGGUGCGUAAGACCACCAGCCCUGAGGGCGAAGUGGUGCCUCUUCACCAGGUGGACAUUCCCAUGGAGAAUGGCGUGGGUGGCAACAGCAUCUUCCUGGUGGCGCCGCUCAUAAUCUACCAUGUCAUUGAUUCCAAUAGUCCACUCUACGAUCUGGCACCCAGUGACCUGCACCACCACCAGGACCUGGAGAUCAUUGUCAUCCUUGAAGGUGUGGUAGAAACCACGGGCAUCACCACCCAAGCCCGCACCUCCUACCUAGCUGAUGAGAUCCUGUGGGGCCAGCGCUUUGUCCCUAUUGUGGCUGAGGAGGACGGCCGCUACUCCGUGGAUUACUCCAAGUUUGGCAACACCAUUAAAGUGCCGACGCCACUCUGCACAGCCCGCCAGCUUGAUGAGGACCGCAGCCUGCUGGAUGCCCUGACCCUCGCCUCUACCCGUGGGCCCCUGCGCAAACGCAGUGUGGCCAUGGCCAAGGCCAAACCAAGGUUUAGCAUCUCUCCAGAUGCCCUGACUUAAGUCAUGGUCCCUGGGUCCCCACAUGUGCAUGUGCACACAGGCAGUUUGGUAUGGUAGGUACAGUGGAUGUGGUGUGGGCCCCUUGGCAAAGUGAAGGCCUGGACCCUCCUCAGCUCAGCCUUCCCUGCUUUGUGCCCAGGGUGUUGCAAGGCACUUGUCACUGCUAUUUCUGGCCUCAGCA